AUGGCCAUCAUCUCGACCAAUGCGAUCUUUCUGGGGAAAGACGGUCGAUUGACCGUCCGCAAUAUCGAUGAGGAGUACAAGCCUUCGGGUCAGCAGACCUUGGUCAGGGUCAGUCACUCUGCCAUCAAUCCAGCGGACCAGAAGCACUUCUUCAUGGGCGUAUCAGGUUACGUUGCGGGGUAUGAAUGGAUCGGCACCGCAAUUGAUGUGGGGCAGGAUUCGCCCUUUCGGGUCGGCCAGAAGCUAUUCGGGAUGAGCAUCCCAGCAGAUGAUCGACCGCUCCCUGCAGGAGCGCACCAAGACUUCCUGGUUGCAGAUCCGGAAUGGACGUACGUUUUGCCCGACAAUCUCGAUGAGGUCACUGCGGUGGGCUUACCUAUCGCUGUUCAUACCUCGAUCGACGCAAUUUUCAAUAUGCUGGGAUUCUCUUUCAAGCCGGCAGGUGUGACAGGUCUAAGCCCUGUCAAUGUUCCAAUCUUGAUAUGGGGAGGCGGUAGCUGUGUCGGCCAAGCAGGAAUACAAUUGGCCAAGGCCGCUGGCUUCGCUCCAAUCAUCACCACAGCAUCGCCUCGCAACCACGACUUUCUCAAGAGUCUGGGCGCGACGCACUGCUUCGACUAUCGUAGUACCACAGUUGUGCAAGAUAUCCAGUCCGCCGUUGCUCCGAAAAAGCUCACGGUCGUGUACGACGCCGUAAGUACCGGGCUUGGGUUCGCCGAGGGCUUGUCGGCCGAAGAAGAAAUGAAGCUCAGGGGACAAUACAGCAAGAGUUCACCUGCGCUGGCUCGGCAAUGUUGUGAUGCAAAAAGCGAAUUGAAGCUUGUCGGAGUCUUGCCCGUGCCCAAAGAUAAAGAUCCGGACUGGAUGUUUCCCCUGCCAUUUCGACAACCGGAAGGGUUCCCAACACCUUCACCGAAGGGCUUGGAGAGCCUCUUUGAGGGAGCAGAUCCUGAAUGGGGCGUACGGAUGCGCCAGGUCUGGCUUUGGGCUUUGAGUAAGGUGGGAAAGGGGUGGCAGCCGUUCAGGAGUCGUCUGGUUAGGGGCAUCGAACCCGCGAUCGAAACCAUACAUGAGGUGGCGGCGGGAAAAGCAGGCGGAGAGAAGAUGGUUAUCGAGCAUCCAUUGUAG